AUGCUCUGUUGCAUGCGAAUUUGUGUUUGCGGGGAUGAGGGAACUGGAAAGUCCAGCCUUAUUACCUCCCUCGUAAAAGGCGUGUUUGUGACGAACAAGAUCCAGCCCAUUCUGCCACAGAUCACUAUCCCUCCUACCAUUGGAACCCCCGAGAAUGUUACAACGACAACGGUGGUCGAUACCUCUGCUGUGCCGCAAGAACGGAGCAACUUGGCUAGAGAAAUUCGGAAAUCGAACGUGAUAUUGCUUGUCUAUUCUGAUCACUAUAGCUAUGAGAGGGUUGCGCUUUUCUGGCUGCCCUAUUUCCGCUCUCUCGGCGUGAAUGUGCCUGUCGUGCUGUGUGCCAACAAGUCCGAUCUUGCUGCCGAUCAUACCGAGACGCAAGUCAUCGAGGACGAGAUGUUGCCGUUGAUGUCAGAGUUCAAGGAAAUCGAUUCAUGCAUUCGGACCAGUGCCCGAGAACAUCGUAAUGUCAACGAGGCCUUUUUCCUUUGCCAGAAAGCGGUCACACACCCUAUCGCACCCCUAUUCGAUGCAAAGGAAUCAGCCUUAAAACCGGCGGCUGUCGCCGCGUUACAACGCAUCUUCUACCUCAGUGAUAAAGACCGGGACGGUUAUCUCUCAGAUAAAGAGAUAAAGGAUUUUCAGAUGAGGUGUUUUGAGAAACCUCUGAGCGAAGAAGACUUGGUCCAUAUAAAAGAGACAAUUCAGAAAACACAUCCUGACUCUGUGACGCCGUCCGGGAUAGAUUGCCGGGGAUUUAUUCAUCUGAACAAGAUGUAUGCCGAGAAAGGACGCCAUGAAACAGUUUGGAUCAUACUUCGCGCAUUUCAGUACACCGAUAGCCUUUCGUUGCAAGAGAGCUAUCUCCACCCAAAGUUUGAGGUGCCUCCGUUUGCAUCAGCGGAAUUGUCUCCUGAGGGCUAUCGGUUCUUUGUCAACCUUUUCCUUCUCUCAGACAAAGACAAUGAUGGUGGACUCAACGAUGCCGAGUUAGCAUCAUUGUUCGCACCCACCCCUGGAUUGCCGCCCUCUUGGGCUGACGGCUCAUUUCCUUCAUGCACUGUCAGAAACGAGGCUGGCCAUGUCACUCUUCAGGGCUGGCUAGCACAGUGGAGUAUGACAACCUUUACUUCUCCCAAGACGACUCUGGAAUAUCUAGCGUACUUGGGAUUCGAGUCUUCAGAUCGGAGCAACCCCUCCACGACCGCGGCUCUUAAGGUAACACGACCCCGUAAGCGGAGAAAACGUCCAGGACGCGUCGGUCGCAAUGUCGUCCUUGGCCACAUAGUCGGAGCUCCGGGGUCUGGCAAAUCUGCCCUUCUCGAUGCUUUUCUGUCCCGCGGAUUUAGUACCACUUAUCACCCCACAAUUCAACCGCGUACCGCAGUCAACACGGUUGAGCUUCCAGGCGGAAAACAAUGUUACCUGAUCAUGGAUGAGCUCGGCGAGUUAGAACCUGCGAUUCUUGAAAAUCAAGCGAAGCUACUCGAUCAGUGUGAUGUGAUCGUAUACACAUAUGACUCGUCAGACCCCGAUUCAUUCGCAUAUAUACCCGCUCUCAGGGCGAAGUAUCCACACCUGGAGGAGCUUCCGAGUGUGUACAUCGCACUCAAGGCUGACCUAGACCGUACAACCCAGCGCGCUGAACAUCAGCCUCAUGAAUACACAGCUCUAUUGAAUAUGCCUGGUCCGCCGCUUCAUGUGAGCGUUACCUGGAGUUCCAUUCAAGAGGUGUUUGUGCACAUCGCAGAAGCCGCAAUGGAACCGAGUACAGCAUUCCCUCGGAGCGAGGAAGACGUCGAGGGCAAAUGGAUGUCGUGGGGAAUUGCUCUCGGAGCUGUGGUUUGUGCGGGAGCUGCUGCUGUUAUGAUCUGGCGACGAGUCAGUGGUAGUGGAGUCUGA